AUGUGUCACCAUCUCCCGGGGCUGCCGGCGCUGGGCAGACUGCGGCGGUGCCGGGGGGUGGGCGGCGGAGCUUCGGCGUCUGUGCCAGCCGCCUCCCCCCGCAGCUCCCCGGAGCGGAGCCUUCCCCGGGGGCGGCGGGCCGCUCCCCGGCUCGCCUGGCUCGCCGCCGUCCCCGCCCGGCCGGCCGCGGGCAGCGCCGGGAGCGGGGCAGGGCAGCCCGCAGCCAGCCGCUCCGGAGGCGCCGCGGCGCAGCGGCAAACUUGCGAGCGAGAGGGGCAGGAGGGGGGCGGAGAGGGACCGAAAGGCAAGAACCAGCCUCCUCCCGCCCUCCUCCCUCCCUUCCCCGCGCUUCAGGAAGCCACCCCCAUUCCGGCGCUGCCUCCGCCGUGCCCCAGCCCCCGCGGCACCGGCGCGGCUGCGCCCGCCCCCGCCGCCGGCUGCGCCCGGGCUCGGCUGGGCUCGGCUCGGCGGGGCUCGGCCGGCAGCGAGCGCUUCCUGGCCGCGCCGCCCCGCCCGGCAUGCACAGCGCCGCCCGCGCCGCCCCGCGCCCGCGGCCACGCUCCCACCGCCCGCGGCCCCGCCCGGCCCCGCCCGGCCCCGCUCCCGGCUCCGCGCUGGGCACCGCUCCCCGGGGUCCGCUCCGGGCACUGCUACCCGGGGUCCGCUCCCGGCACCGCUCCGGGCACCGCUCCCUGGGCCCCGCUCCGGGCACUGCUACCCGGGAUCCGCUCCCAGCUCCGCGUCGGGCACCGCUCCCCGGGAUCCGCUCCGGGCCCCGCUCCGGGCACCGGUCUGGGCACCGAUCCCUGGCCCUGCUGCCCGGGAUCCGCUCCGCUCCGGGCACCGCUGCCCGAGCUCCGCUCCCCAGCUCUGCUCCCGGGGCUCCGCUCCCCCGCUCCGCGCUCUGGGGACCGCUCCCCGUCUCCGCUCCGGGCCCCCUUCCCCGGCUCCGCUUCCCGCCCCUCCUCCGGGCACCGCUCCCUGGACUCCGCUCCCCGGCUCUGCUCCGGGCCCCCCUCCCCAGGCUCCGCUCCCCGGCCCCGCUGCCCGGCCGGAAUCGCCACCACUGCGGACAUGGGUGGGCUGCGAGGCGGCUGCGCCUCCCCGAAGCGCUCGGCUCUUAGCGCUUCCUUUAUGUGCCGCCUUAAAUUUAAUCCCGAAAAGCGGAGCUCGGCACUCCUCGGGGGCUACAUUUCUGCUCCCGCUUUCAGGCAAGGCUGUGAGUUGUUAGUAACGAGGACGUUUGCAUGGGGAUAG